AUGGCACUUGUGCUAUAUGCUCCUGCAUUAGCAUUAAGUCAAACCACAGGAUUAAAUAUUUGGCUUUCAGUCAUUUCGAUUGGGGUUAUUUGUACAUUUUAUUCAUCAGUGGGUGGUAUGAAAGCAGUUAUUUGGACAGAUGUUCUACAAGCGGUCAUCAUAUUUGUUGGAAUCCUUGCUGGACUUACUCAAGGUUUAAUUGUUCUCGGUGGUUUUAAACGAACAUUUUCCAUAGCUUAUCAAGGUGGUCGUAUCGAAUUAAAUAAUGUAAGUUUGAAUCCUCGUACACGUCAUACAGUCUGGACUUUUCUUAUUGGUAAUUCUUUUAAUGCUUUAAAUCUCUACGGUUUUAAUCAAACGCAAAUACAACGAUACAUGUGUGUAAGAUCAACACGGGCGGCUCGAGAUGCUCUAUUUAUUAAUGCUAUUGGUGUAGCUUCUAUUAUUAUACUCUCGGGAAUAAUGGGCUUAGUUAUCUAUGCAUAUUAUGCUGGUUGUGAUCCAUACACGGCUGGAUAUAUACGCGAUGUGGACCAAACGUUUCCUUAUUUCGUUAUGGAAGUUUUGGGUCAUAAAAAAGGUUUACCUGGUAUUUUUCUUGCAUGUAUUUUUUCGGGUUCAUUAUCAACGAUUUCAUCUGGACUUAAUAGUUUGACAGCAGUUCUCAUUGAAGAUAUUUACAAAGGUUUAUUACAACGAAAAAUGACUGAUGAAAGACAAGGAUUUAUAUCCAAAAUUCUUUCAGUUAUACUCGGUGCUGUUGUAAUGGCACUUACAUACAUAGUGAGCCAUUUAGGUUCAAUACUUAAUGCAGCACUAUCAUUAUCGGGUGUUCUUUCUGGCCCUAUUAUGGGUAUAUUCAUGCUGGGUUUCUUUUUUCCAAGAGCGAAUGCUCGUGGUGGCCUUAUUGGACUUUUAAGUGGUAUAGCAGUUGUAAUUUGGAUAUUUUUGGGUGCACAAUUUACUAAAGAUCAAAGACCAAGUUAUCGAUUACCUGUUUCAAUAGCCAAUUGUGUCAAUAUAACUAUGAAAAAUGUAACGACAAUUAAAAAUGCUACCGAGUGA